AUGGACUUAACUGAUUGCUCUAUUCACCCAUCUGGCGAGGUCUACGGGCUUGGGGCCCGCCUUGGGCUCUAUUUGAAUUGCCUCACGCUGCUCCUUCUAAGUCUUUCCAACUGUGGAUCAUGGGCGCUACGAUCGACUGUUCAAGCCAGCAAUGCGUUGAUUUCCUGCACCAUGCUUACACAAUUUGUCAUAAAUGCCGUGCAAUCUAAAUUGGUCGCGCCCGAUUUCCUGAUAAUGUUUUAUCUGAUUGUGAUGCUCUUUUUUCGUGAUUCUUACAAUGCCCGAAGGAAGUUCAACAUGACGAAGGGUGGUUUUAUAUACGUCUUGGAACCGGACGAUGUUCUUCUUCUACAGAAUACGGUGUGCCUUGCAGCGAGUACCAUCGGGGUGUGGUUCUGGAUAGCUGGGCUGGACCAAGUCUCACCAACGGCCUGCACCACCAAGGCUGCCGUGGUCGGGGUAUUUGAUAUGAAUCAGACUCGCUGGCGCAGAUUUGCUAUCACCUUUUCGAUCUUCAGUGCCCUGGUUUAUUGUUUCCUGCUUUACAUUCAUGGGAAAAACCAUCGGUGGUGGACCACCUCAUGGCUCCUCCGCCGGCCCGUUUCGUCGGAACCACAGAUCAAAUUUAGCCAAAAAUGCUCGUUAUAUAUUUUCCCUCUCCCAACAAGCGACGAUCUCAGAGCAGUGUUCGCAAUAGACGCCAGUGUCGUGUUAUACGUCAUACGUGAUCUAUUCGAUACCAAAAUGUCCACGCUCCGCGUAUUGGGAGCGAUCCUCCUCCUCUUUUGGUGGAUUAUCCUGAAUAUCGCCGCCCCCAUAAUUGCAGUUGUCUCAGUGGAGAGGAUGAUACUAGUCAACUCCAUAAGAACCAGUCCUAUCUCAGAGUCGGCAGGACAAAUCCUCAUCCUCCUUAUUGGUACAUUCAAUCUUCUCUCUGCAUCUCGCGAGAUCGUGUCGAUUCUCUGGGUAAACUACUGUGGGUCGCAGCCUCCUCCCGUACAGAGCCUGCUUGACAUCUAUGCCUAUCAUUUUCCAACGCCAGUGGAUAAGAGAGAUCUUCGCGAAAUCUUGCAAGAGACUAUCUGGGCCCAUCACCGCUUUGGCCCAGACAUUAGCUUGCGGUUCGAGAUGGAUUCCCAGGCGUCUCUUCUCUCGACAUUGCGAAUGGCAUUGGUAUGCGAGCUAGGCGACGAAAUGGACACUAAUGCCAAAAACGGAGGAAAGUCAUCCCUAGAGCAAUUUCGCACCUUGAGAGUCCUGGAGGACCUUUUUCCUGAGCUUCCGGAAUUUCGCUCUUGUCGAGGUGCGGCAUUGUUCACGGCAACGAAUCAGGGUAGACUGGAUGUGCUCAAGCUCCUUUUGGGCGUUGAUGAUGACAACGCUGAAGGCACAGUCGACAAUGAAGAUGAUAAGAUGCGACCGUCUACUUCUUCCAUGGUAUAUCCACCCGAGGCGCGGCGCGCUCUAGUAUCCCAAGCCGGCUUUGUGGCAAGGAGGCAGAGGUGGAACGAAGAAUUGGACGAUUUUCUCCACGAAUAUAGAAGAUCAACGGCGGGGUAAACUGCCUGUGGAAUGAAG